AUGAUAGCGCUUUACAUCAACGACAGAAAGUACUAUGUUCAACCGCCGUCACGCGAGAAAGUCACAUCCGAGGAAUUAACGAGAUUGGGCGACGUUCGGGCGCUCGUAGCUCAGCUGUAUGAAGCACUGAACGUCGGAGAGUAUCAAAUAACAAAAGAACGGGAACUACAAGGGAGAUUAGAAAAGUUAAAUGAGCAAUUAGGUCCUUUAGAAGCGAAAAAACGUGAACUAAACUCAAAAGCUUUACGACGCGCCAAUUCGAUGGCAUGGCUCGGUUUGGGUCUCAUGUCUGUGCAAUUUGGAGUUCUCGCACGUCUUACAUGGUGGGAAUAUUCUUGGGAUAUUAUGGAGCCCGUUACUUAUUUCGUUACUUACGGUACAAGCAUGGCGUGUUUCGCUUAUUUUGUAUUAACUAAACAGGACUAUCUUCUUCCCGAUGUCAAAGAUCGCCAACAACUAAUCGCCUUGCACAAAUCCGCGCAAAAACAUGGACUCGAUCUGACACAAUACAACAAUCUAAAACGCGAAAUUGCCGUUAUCGAGCAGGAUAUUCGACGAUUACGAGAUCCAUUGUGUUUGCAUUUGCCUGUAACGCCCGUGAAAUCGCCCAAUUAUAGCGAAACGGAAAUCUCGACAGCGAAAAAGAUCAAAGACUUUAUUGCGGAAGCAACGGGAACGAAAGACGACAAAGGCGGAUUCACUUCCAAACUACAACGUAGCGAACUAAUGAAAAUUUCUAAUUUAUUACAAAAGUUGAAGAUCACGAAAAAGUAA